AGAAUAUUAUAACGAUAAAAUUAGAACCGACUGUCUGUCGCCGUCCACGUCCGCCCAUCCUUCCGAUUCGACGGACACCGACCCUAUCAUAUAAAAGCCUCUCUCCCUCAACCCCGAGCCCGACCCCUCCUCCGCUAUCUGUCCUUCUCCGUCCCUUUUCCUCUUCCAAUUCUUUCGUUCUAUUCCCAUUCUUGUCUCUUCCAUUUUUCUUCAUUCAAUCGGCUCCUUCUCCACUCCGCUCAGACUAGAUUUUGUGUAAGCCAUGGCACGAAUUCUAGUUCAGUCGACCAAUUUCCCUUCUUUGGCUGCUGGUGAAAGACACGACCAGCUUAAGGGUUCUGGGAAAAUAAAAAGAACAAUCAAGAUGAUGUGUAGUUUCCAAGCUCCUCCACUUAGGAUUGGAAGUUUUUCAGGAUUACGGGGGUCUAAUGCGCUUGAUACUAUGGUAAGGUCAGGCAAUAAUUUCCAUUCUAAAGUGGCAGCUGCAACCUCUGUCCGACGAGGAAGGGCUAAGCGAAUUUUGCCAAAAGCUAUGUUUGAGCGAUUCACGGAGAAGGCAAUAAAAGUUAUUAUGCUUGGACAAGAGGAGGCAAGACGGCUUGGUCAUAAUUUUGUUGGUACAGAGCAGAUUUUGUUGGGUCUUAUUGGUGAGGGCACUGGCAUUGCCGCUAAGGUUCUGAAAUCCAUGGGAAUCAAUUUGAAGGAUGCCCGUGUAGAAGUGGAGAAGAUAAUUGGAAGAGGCAGUGGAUUUGUGGCUGUUGAGAUUCCCUUCACUCCUCGUGCAAAGCGUGUUUUAGAACUCUCUCUAGAGGAAGCCCGCCAACUUGGUCAUAAUUAUAUUGGAUCUGAGCAUCUUUUGCUGGGAUUGCUUCGUGAGGGUGAAGGUGUGGCGGCUCGUGUUCUUGAAAAUUUAGGUGCUGACCCAAGUAACAUUCGGACACAAGUAAUCCGAAUGGUUGGGGAAAGUGCAGAAGCUGUUGGUGCUGGGGUUGGAGGGGGAUCCAGUGGCAAUAAGAUGCCAACACUGGAAGAGUAUGGCACGAAUUUGACAAAACUGGCGGAGGAGGGAAAAUUGGAUCCUGUUGUUGGAAGGCAGGACCAGAUAGAACGUGUUACUCAAAUUUUGGGUCGGCGGACAAAAAAUAACCCCUGCCUUAUUGGAGAGCCUGGUGUGGGGAAAACAGCUAUUGCAGAAGGCCUUGCACAACGAAUUGCAAAUGGUGAUGUUCCAGAAACAAUUGAGGGGAAGAAGGUUAUAACCCUAGAUAUGGGUCUCCUUGUUGCUGGCACAAAAUACCGUGGAGAGUUUGAGGAAAGACUAAAGAAGCUGAUGGAGGAAAUUAAACAAAGUGAUGAAAUAAUAUUAUUUAUUGAUGAGGUGCACACAUUAAUUGGAGCAGGAGCAGCAGAGGGGGCGAUUGAUGCUGCAAACAUCUUAAAACCAGCUCUUGCAAGAGGUGAACUGCAGUGUAUUGGAGCCACCACACUAGAUGAAUACAGAAAGCACAUUGAGAAAGACCCAGCCUUGGAAAGACGGUUCCAGCCAGUUAAGGUGCCUGAGCCUUCUGUUGAUGAAACAAUACAAAUUUUGAAAGGGCUUCGAGAAAGAUAUGAGAUUCACCACAAGCUGAAUUAUACAGAUGAAGCAUUAGUGGCUGCAGCUCAGCUGUCAUACCAAUACAUUAGUGAUCGCUUUCUGCCUGAUAAAGCAAUUGACUUGAUUGAUGAAGCUGGUUCUCGGGUUAGACUUCGCCAUGCACAGCUCCCAGAGGAGGCCAGGGAGCUUGAAAAAGAGCUGAGGCAGAUAACUAAAGAGAAGAAUGAAGCUGUUAGAAGCCAGGACUUUGAAAAGGCUGGGGAGUUACGUGAUAGAGAAAUGGACCUUAGGGCUCAGAUUACUGCUCUUGUAGACAAAGGCAAAGAGAUGAGCAAAGCGGAGACUGAAGCAGGGGAGGAAGGACCUGUGGUAACAGAAUUGGAUAUUCAGCACAUUGUCUCUUCUUGGACUGGCAUUCCUGUUGAGAAAGUGUCUACUGAUGAAUCAGACCGGCUCCUUAAGAUGGAAGAGACCCUCCACAAACGAGUUAUUGGUCAGGAUGAAGCUGUCAAAGCCAUUAGCCGUGCCAUUCGGCGUGCUCGUGUUGGACUCAAAAACCCAAAUCGGCCUAUUGCCAGUUUUAUCUUCUCUGGUCCUACGGGUGUUGGAAAGUCAGAACUGGCAAAGGCAUUAGCUGCCUACUACUUUGGUUCUGAAGAAGCUAUGAUCCGGCUUGACAUGAGUGAGUUCAUGGAGAGACACACUGUGUCCAAGCUCAUUGGGUCACCUCCUGGCUAUGUUGGAUAUACAGAAGGCGGUCAGCUAACAGAGGCUGUCCGCAGGCGUCCCUAUACUGUCGUACUAUUUGAUGAGAUUGAGAAGGCACAUCCUGAUGUCUUCAACAUGAUGCUUCAGAUUCUUGAGGAUGGCAGGCUAACAGACAGCAAAGGCAGAACAGUGGACUUCAAAAACACACUUCUGAUCAUGACCUCAAAUGUCGGAAGUAGUGUGAUUGAGAAAGGAGGCCGCAGAAUAGGUUUUGAUCUGGAUUACGAUGAGAAGGAUAGCAGCUACAACAGAAUUAAGAGCCUGGUGACAGAGGAACUCAAACAAUAUUUCAGGCCAGAGUUCUUGAAUAGGCUGGAUGAGAUGAUUGUCUUCCGGCAACUCACAAAGCUGGAGGUCAAGGAGAUAGCUGAUAUAAUGCUAAAAGAAGUAUUUGACAGACUAAAGGUCAGGGAUAUAGAGCUUCAAGUCACAGAGAGGUUCAGAGAGAGGGUGGUUGAGGAAGGAUACAACCCGAGCUAUGGGGCAAGGCCCCUUAGAAGAGCCAUAAUGAGACUCUUGGAAGACAGCAUGGCUGAGAAGAUGCUGGCGGGAGAGAUCAAAGAGGGCGACUCGGUUAUUGUUGAUGUUGAUUCUGAUGGUAAUGUGACUGUUCUUAAUGGUAGCAGCGGUGCACCUCCUGAAUCAUUGCCAGAGCCAAUCCCCGUAUAAGUUAAAAAAAUUGCUAUUUUGACCUCUCAUUGUUAACCCUACUUUCAAGUUACCUGUAGGGGGGAAGUACGGACAGUUUAGAGACUAGUUGUUAGUUGGCGGAAGCCUGUCUGAUCAUGUGGCCUGCUUGCUGGGUUGUAUUUUAAUGCAUUUGAAGUGCACGAAUAGUUCAUUUAAACAAUAUGACGAUGAUGGUGUUGGUGUAGAUUUGCUUGCACAGAAUUCUUAAUGAAGGGGCUAAAGUUAAAAUGGUUUUGGUCGGUUAAAA